AUGAAUAUCUUGCCCAAGAAGAGCUGGCACGUUCGGAACAAGGACAAUGUGGCCCGCGUGCGGCGCGACGAGGCCCAGGCCCGGGAGGAGGAGAAAGAGCGGGAGCGGCGGGCACUGCUCGCUCAGCAAGAGGCCCGCACAGAAUUCCUGCGCAGGAAAGCCAGGCACCAGAAUGCGUCAGCCGAGCUGGAAGCAGUGGAGGCGGGGGCCCCAGCUCCUGGCCCCGUGGACCUGUUUCGGGAGCUGCUGGAAGACGGCAAAGGGGAGACCAGAGGCAAUAAAGAAUACGAGGAGGAAAAGCGACAGGAGAAAGAGAGGCAGGAGCGAGCUCUGGGCAUCCUGACAUACCUGGGCCAGAGUGCGGCAGAGGCCCAGACGCAGCCCCCGUGGUGCCAGCUCGCCCCGCGCCGAGAGGCACCCUCACCUGGCCCAGGUGUCGACGAGAAGAUCAAGAGCCGCCUGGACCCUCUGCGGGAGAUGCAGAAAUACCUGGGGAAGAGGCGGCGUGGUGGCGGCGAGGGCGCUCCCAGCAGAAAGGCGGCGGCGGCCGAGCGACCGCGGCCCACGGAGCCCCCUUCCCUGGACCGACUUCGAGCAGAACGGCUCCAGCGGGAAGCCACUGAGAGGGCCCGGGCAGAGGCCCUGCUGGCCCGGGUCCGAGGCCGAGCCCCCCAGGAGGACCCACCAGAGGAGGAGGUGGCAGACGAGAGACGCAGAUGCUACAACUCCCAGUUCCACCCGCAGCUGGCGCGGCGCCCCCGCCGGCAGGACACCCGGCCCUCCCGCUGA